GUUGUGUUUUGCAUUAUUCUUAGUGAUGGUUAAAUAUAGUCAGCUAGCUGGUGAGGAGAACAGAACAAAGAGGAAGUGUUGCCCCGGCUACCAUUAACGUUACCACACAAGCUAACGUGCCGCCGAAGGAGUGGAUGCUGGCGAUGACAUGGAUGCAGCUAAGACUGCCGCUUCAGAGAGAGACAAGCGGGAAGACUUAAAGGGCAGUGGUUCGCAAAAGAAACAUAAGAAGCACAAAAAACACAAAAGUAAGAAGAAGAAGAGGAACCGAGAGAGGGAGGCGAGGGAGAGCAGUUCAGAGUCUGGGGCAGAAUUGGAAGGACAAACCAAACAUCAGUCAAGAAGAGGAACACCAACGGAGACGAAUAAAGAGCAAGGUGAGAAUAAGGAGAGCAAGUCCAGAUGCCACAAAGGGCGCUCGACAGGAAAGAGGAAGAAGAAGAAGAGAAGGCGGAAAGAUGAAGAGAACUCAUCAGAUUCCGACUCAAAGCAGAGGGAUAGUAAAUGUGGUCAAAGCUCCUCGCCAAGGCGACGAGAGGAGUUGCCUGAUAUCAUCCCAAAACAGGACAGCUCCAAUAAAGGAAGAGAUGAGGAAAGACACGGCAGCAGGAGUUGUCGUUCCCGGUCACGGUCGCGUUCCUAUUCUCACUCACAUUCCUGCUCUGUGAGGAGGAACUCUCACUCUCGUUCUAGACACCACCGCCGAAGAUCUAGGACUCGCUCCCUAUCCAGUUCACACCGCCACAGGACCCGGUCCAGGUCCUGCGAGAAGAGGGGAACUUUAGAUGAAUCCAUAGAGUCCACCCAAGGUCCUUCAAAAGGCGCCCAGGCCCCUCAUCUGGCCUCCAGCCCUACCAGAAACACAGUAGCCGUGGAGCUGACAGAGUCAAGCACCGGGCUGCAGAACCCUAAAGAAAGUGAAAAGCCAGCAGAGGAGAAAGCAGAGGACACAGCACAAAAACUAGGUUCUGGCGCAUCCCUGUCCACACUGAACUCCAUAUCUACUGAACCAGACCAGACCACUGAGUCCAGCUUCCCUCAGCUUAAAGCAUCGGAACAUCCCAGGUCCUCUGCAUCUCAUGUGAAAUCACCAGCAAGGAAGAAGAGGAAACCCUCCAAGUCCCCACAGAGGAAAAAAGACGCAAAGUCAUCAACGAGGCAGAAAAGAUCCAUGUCGCCAUGUAGGAGCCACAGGCGGGGCUCCAGAUCCAGAUCCAGGAGCCCUUCAAAGAACAAGAGAUCACGGUCGAGGUCAGGGGGCCGGAGGUCGCGGAGGUCACGCUCACGGUCGGUGUCACGGGGUCGGAGGAGGGCUACAUACAGCCAGAGGGACCGCUGGAAACGAGAGCCAAGUCACUCCCCUGUACUCAUCCUCCGCAAAAAUAGAACCCCGACCCGGAAAAACUGCAGUUCGGGAAAGAGCCCUCAACGCAUUAGUGAACUGGAUAAGGAUCAGUUGUUGGAAAUAGCCAAGGCCAAUGCUGCUGCCAUGUGUGCCAAAGCAGGAAUGCCCAUCCCUGCCAGCCUGAGGUCCACAAUGCUUCCUCUGGCUCUGCCAAGUAUGGCCAUGAAUGCUGCUAUGGCCAGUAUGACUGCUGCCACCAUGACAGCAGCCUUGUCCAACAUGGGCACCCUGUCCUCACUGCUCCCACUGCCCUCCAUUACCAACAAGCCACCUCCAGCCCCUGCUCAAUCCAACAUAGCUGCAUUGGAGGAAGUGAAGAGGAAAGUAGCGAAGCAGGCCAACAGCAUCAGCAUUAAGGAGUUUACUGAUAAAUGCAAGAUGAUUGUGGACAGUAAAGGAGAGCUUCCGGUUGCAAUGCCUCAUGUUUCGGACGAAGAGGAUGAUGGGAAACCCUUUGGAGGAUCAGCUCUUCGAGAGCAAAAAGCCAUCAGCUUCAGCAUCAACAACGCGACAGUCCGUCCAUCAGUGCGUAGUGACGCAGGCAUGGCGAAGGAGUUUCCUGUCUCUUCAGGAUGCCAACAUCGUAAGAAGGAGGGCGAGGCACUGGGCGCCUACGGAGAAUGGGUUCCGGUUGACAAAACCGCAGACAAAGCUGCAGCUGCCUCCAGAAAGACACUGACCGCCGUUCCCACAGAGACUGCCGCCUCAUCAUCAGGUGAAACGGCGAUAGCAGCUGGAUUACCAGAGGACGUCGAACAGCCAGAUAAUGACAGUGUUUUUCCUGACCCAGUACUGCAGCCAGUAGAUAUCUCUCAGGCUGUAACUGAGAGAAUCAAAGCUCAGAGGCGAUUGGCUGAGAACCCCUAUGAUGUCAGCGCCAUCUGUAUGCUCAGCCGGGCCCAGGAGCAGGUGGAUGCUUGGGCCCAGUCCAACACUGUUCCUGGUCUUUUCACUGGUACGACUGGAGCCCAGAUCCUCAGCUCGGAGGAGCUGUCCACAGGUGGACCACAAGCGUGGCUGAAGAAGGACCAGUUCCUCAGGGCAGCUCCAGUAUCUGGGGGUGUUGGGGAGUUCCUGAUGAGAAAGAUGGGCUGGAAGACCGGAGAGGGUCUUGGGAGGAACCGCGAGGGUACCGUGGAGCCAAUCAUUAUCGACUUCAAGGUCGACCGCAAAGGACUAGUUGCUGAAGGAGAGAAGCCACAGAAGCAGACAGGAGGACUGGUGGUGACCAAGGAUCUAAUGGGGAAGCACCCGGUGUCUGCUCUCAUUGAGUUGUGUAACAAGAGACGGAUAAUGCAGCCGGAUUUUGUCAUGGUUCAUCACAGCGGUCCCGACCACCGCAAGAAUUUCCUCUUCAAGGUCACAGUGAACGGAGUGGACUACCAACCCCAGACAGCCAGUCCCAAUAAGAAGCAUGCCAAGGCCAUGGCAGCUACAGUUGCCCUACAGGCUCUAGGAGAGGUUCCUGUUGAUGGACCAGGACUCUACACUGGCCCUGUCUUCACUGCUGCUUCUACUGGCCCCCUUUUCUCUACAUAGACUUACACACAACAGUAUUAUAUUCUACAUCGUUCAUUUGUGGGACACUGACAGAAAAAGUCAUUGAAUAAGCGGUCUGCCGAUGCCACUCUGGUGGCUUAUUUAUAUACUAAGAAAUUAAUAAUAUGCUAGACACAUGACAGUGAGAAUCAUGAAGACAAGUCUGGCUUGAAAUCACACAUCUUUGUAUUGAAGCAUUUGUGAUUGAUUUUAUACCCACAAAAGUACACUUUUUUUUUU